GUGGCUGUUACGGUUAUGAUUCUUGUAUUAAAAGGUCAAUGUUUUAAAAAUGCAGUUGAGUUGAGUUGAGUUCGCCGACCAAUCUGCCUUGCGUUUCACUCUUUCUAUUAUCACCUACUUCUUAACGUUUCUUUGAAUUCUUCCUUCUCCUUUGACGUACUUAUUUUAUCAACUAUAUUCCUUUUUUUUCCUUUUUUUUUUUUUUUGAGUUAGUUCUUCUUUCACCUAUACCUGAAACUUAAUUAGCUAAUCACAAAGUCAUAUUCGUUGGCGGGUCUUUGUUAGAGAAAGACAGGAAAAGAAAAUAGUAACUAAGGCAGGUGCAGGCUUCAAAGAAUGUCCUUGUUAUUACCUCCAAAAAUUGGUUUCCAAUUUGGAAUUUCAGGUUUUCAGGUCUUUUUUAGUCAUGUAAAAACCAGAAUUGAAGGGUGGUGCAUCUGUUCCAAUAAUUGUAGUCCAUUGAAGCUCAUUGAGAGAGAGUGUUACACACAAUGGGAAUACAAGGAUCAACAAGAAGUCCAUGUCCCACAUUGCAGAAUACUAACUCACUUAUCAAGAUGAAAGAUUAUCAUAUUAGAAGUUCAGAUUCUUUGGGGGCCAGUGAUCCUUCUAUUGGGAGGAGAAUAUCAGGGCCAGAUAACCAUUGGAAUUCCAAAGUAGUAUUGCUUCAUGGUUUGAAAGAUGAUUCCGGAAAGUUUAAUCCUUGCAAGGGUGUUUAUGUUGGGAAAAGGCAUUCAUGGUUUCGCCCAAAUAUGAACUCAAUUGCUUUUAUGUUUGUCUUGAUGGCUUUCCUAUUCUUGCUUGAUUCUCUGAUAGUCUCAAUUUUUGGUUCAAUAAACUUUCAGGGCAGUUCAACUACAAGAGAUUCCAAUGGCCGUGAGGAGGAUAGUGUUUCCUAUAUUCAUGAAGAAAGAUCAACUGUUCAGAUGUAUGGCAGGCUUCUAAAUUUGGCUUCCAGUUCUCUUGCGGAGAAGGAGUUUAAGCAAGACAGUUUGAACUUUUGGGAGGAAAUAUGUCAGCAAGCAUCCAAAUGGAAACCUUGUGCAGAUAGAAAAUAUCCAACAAGCCUAGGGAAGCCUGAAAAAAGUAAUGGCUAUAUAAUUGUCAGUGCAAAUGGUGGUCUGAAUCAACAACGAGUGGCUAUUUGCAAUGCAGUUGCUGUGGCAUCUUUCCUCAAUGCGACUUUGGUUCUUCCUAAAUUUCUUUACAGCAAUGUAUGGAAAGAUCCAAGCCAGUUCGGUGACAUCUACCAGGAGGACUAUUUUAUGCGCAUCUUGAAGGAUGACUUAGAUAUUGUAAAGGAACUUCCUCCUCAAUUGAAGUCCUUAGACAUUGAAGCCAUUGGUAGCCUAAUUACUGAUGCAGAUAUCGCGAAGGAAGCAAAGCCGAAUGAUUAUGUUAGCAGUGUACUUCCUCUACUUGUGCAGAACAAAGUUGUUCACUUCCUUGGAUUUGGCAAUCGACUUGGCUUUGAUCCGUUGCCUCCUGACCUCCAGAGAUUGAGGUGUAAAUGUAACUUCCAUGCAUUAAAGUUUGUGCCAAAAAUUCAAGAAGUUGGUUCACUAUUAAUCAAAAGGAUAAGGAAAUACUAUGCUGCACACCGCCAGUUGGAUAAACAACUGGUUGGAGAUUUCACACCCAGUAUUUCCUCCAAAGAGCAUAAUGAUGCAAUAGGCUCAUCCAGAUAUCUUGCCUUACACUUGAGAUUUGAAGAGGAUAUGGUUGCAUACUCCCUAUGUGAUUUUGGAGGCGGAGAAUAUGAGAAAAAGGAACUUGAAGCCUACAGAGAGAUCCACUUUCCUCUGCUCAUUGAACGCUUGAAGAACUCAAAGCCUGUUUCUCCAAAGGAGUUGAGGAAGUUGGGGAGAUGUCCAUUGACGCCUGAAGAAGCAGCAGUUGUCCUUGCUGCUCUUGGUUUUAAGCGUGAAACUUAUAUUUAUCUUGCAGGGUCUCAUAUAUAUGGGGGAAGUUCCAGGAUGCAUCCCUUUACCAGUUUGUACCCCAAUUUGGUCACUAAGGAAACAUUGCUCACACCCAGUGAACUUGCUCCCUUUAGAAAUUUCUCUUCUCAGCUAGCAGCGUUGGACUUCAUUGCUUGUGCAACUGCAGAUGUCUUUGCCAUGACAGAUUCUGGAAGCCAACUAUCAUCCCUGGUAUCUGGAUUCCGAACUUACUAUGGUGAUGGACAUGCUCCAACCUUGCGGCCUAACAAGAAGAGGUUAGCCGCAAUUUUGUCAGAGAAUAGCACCAUAGAAUGGAAUACUUUUGAAGAUAGAGUAAGAAAGAUGAUAGAGGAAGGUCAAAGAGUGCGGGUGAGGGGUUCUGGUCGAAGUAUUUAUCGACAACCAAGGUGCCCAGAAUGCAUGUGCAGAACAUUGGGGUCAAAGUAGGAUGAUUGUUUGCAUUAUUGGG